AUUCUAAAUCUUUUUAAAUUAAAAAGGGGAGCUGAACUAAUUUUUUGGACUCGAUUUAAUUUUUGUAAGCUCAUUGACCCUUUUACAACUUUUCCUGCUUUUGACCAUUUUAUAAAAUUUUCAGCUCUUCUGCUUUUUGUUCCUAAGAAAGGCGGGGAUGCCUUUUCUUCCCAAGUUUCUUUUCUUUUUCAACGCUUUCAUUACUUAUUUUUUUAUAGAAAAUUUCCCAACCUUUAAAAUCGAUAAAUUGUUUGUUUAUUGUCCAUUGACCUAUUUUUUCGAGUUUUUAUCACAAAAAAUAUUUUUUUCUAUAAAAUUUUUUUUUUAUUUCAACUUUUUAGGUAAUUUACUAAAUAUGUCUAAAAAACAAUCUUUUUUCAACAACGAAUAUAUUGCUUUGACCUGCUUUAGCAAAAAUAAGGUAAGUGAUGAAAACGAAGCUGACGAUAAUAAGAUAACGGUGGAUGAAGAAGUUGACAAAUCUACGGGAGGGAAUGAUGGAAAUUCAGCAGUGAAAGGUUUAAAUGAAAAGCGUAUUGACCUUCUGAUGAAAAAGAACUUGGCAGAAUUUGGAAAAUUUUUGUCUCGUAAUGACUCCGAGAAGCAGCAUAAAUGUGGGCCGAUGUGUGUUCCAAGUAUUAAUAACUGGAUCUCAUAUCUGACUGCAGCACUUGCUAUAAUCACUCUUGGCGUUGCAGCACUCGUUAUCAUAUAUUCUGUCUACUUCUUCACAUCUGACAAACUCGGGUCUUUGGAAGCAAAAUUUGAAGCCAAAACCGAAGCUCUUUCAACCAAAACCGAAGCUCUUUCAAAAUCGAUUGACUCAAUAAAGGAGGGAAUGGUUAAUAUCUCCAAGAUGAUUAAUACAAUGUCUGCCUCAUUAAAGGAAUCAAUUGGCAGGCGAGGCAAAGAUUAG